AUGAAGCACGGCCGUGAUGUGGAGCUUCCGGAGGAUUUCUGGAUCCCCAUCCCUCUGGAGACGAACAACAUCACGUCCCUCAGCCCAUUCCUGGUCCCCCAGGACCAUCUAGCGAGCUCCGGCGUCUACUACGCAAUGGCCCUGUACAUGCUUUUUGUAUUUAUUGUGGGCACUUUCAUCAAUGCGCUGACAGUCGCAUGCACCAUCCAGAACAAGAAGCUCAGGUCCCACCUGAACUACAUCCUGGUGAACUUGGCGGUUUCAAACCUUCUUGUGUCCUGCGUGGGCUCCCUCACCGCAUUCCUCUCCUUUGCAAACAAAUAUUUUAUCCUCGGACCACUAGCAUGCAAAAUUGAAGGUUUUAUUGCGACGCUUGGUGGUAUGGUGAGCCUGUGGUCUCUCGCUGUGGUAGCGCUUGAAAGAUGGCUGGUCAUCUGCAAGCCACUUGGUCAGUUUAUUUUCAAGCCUGACCAUGCUAUAGCUUGCUGUGCAUUAACCUGGGUGUUUGCACUGAUUGCUUCCGUCCCUCCCCUGCCCAUUUUCGGAUGGAGCAGGUACAUCCCAGAGGGCUACAUGUGCUCUUGUGGUCCAGACUGGUUCACCACAAACAACAAAUACAACAAUGAAUCCUACGUCAUGUUUCUCUUUGGAUUCUGCUUUGCUGUGCCCUUUGCAACAAUUGUCUUCUGCUACUCUCAGCUCCUCAUUACGCUGAAAAUGGCAGUGAAGGCCCAGGCAGAGUCUGCCUCCACCCAGAAGGCCAAGCGGGAGGUGACCAGGAUGGUGGUCAUCAUGGUGUUUGGCUUCCUGGUGUGCUGGUUGCCUUACGCCUCCUUUGCCCUCUGGGUUGUGAACAACCGUGGGCAAACCUUCGACCUGAGAUUAGCUUCUGUACCUUCUGUCUUUUCUAAAUCCUCUGCAAUCUACAACCCGGUCAUUUAUGUUCUCCUCAACAAGCAGUUCCGGACAUGCAUGAUGAAGAUGCUUGGGAUGGGUGGAGGUGAUGAUGAUGAGUCGUCAUCAACUACGUCAGUCACAGAAGUCUCCAAAGUUGGGCCUGCUUAAUCUGAACAUCACAAUUUAUCUGCCACAAAUGACUGAACUGUAAAUAAUGGUAAAUGUAUGUGUGUCUUGGUCAUAUGAAAAUAUAUAAA